AUGGCCGUCUCGGUAAAGACUAGUCUUCUUCAUUUUGGUUCCGUACUCAAUCAUUUAUCAGCAGAAUAUAACCGUAUCCAACCUGUCGCAGUCACGGCUAUAGCUCCAAGAAACAUCAUGAGUAAUCCUAAUGAGCGACAUCUCGCUAGUGGAAACAUUGUGAAGUGCCGUAGCGACCGUACCUUCAUUACCUUUAAUCUGAUGGCAUAA